AUGGCGAGUAUCGAACUCUUCAAUUUGGUGGACGGGUACGAGGUUUAUAGCCCGGCCCUGGUGAUCCACGGCAGAUGCAGGUCGGAGAAGGCCUCGUCGAUACAGGUGCAUCACCCUGAGCUCCCAUUUUUGACGUACCAAGUGCAUUGCCAGACAUUCAAGGCGCUUGUGCAUCUGGUGCCGGGUGCGAACGUGCUGACCUUCACGACGGAUGAGAACGAGCACAUCACCGUGACUUGUACCUACGCGCCGCAGGCAGAGGCUCCGCCGAUUCAUCUCUGUAUCCUCGUGGCGAAGGACUCGCCAAUGGUGUUUGACUCGCCGGCGGUGCAGAGGCAGAGGGAGGGGGGCUGCGGGAUGGACCUGGCAAUCAAGAAACUGCGGUGUGGGGCUCGGCUAAUGCAAGCAUUCACGAACGAGCAGAUGCUGCGCAAUGGCUUUGGACAUAGGUGCUUUCAAUUUGCAGAGGAGGUCACGACGGACACGCUGUUUCGCGAGCCCAAAGAGCGGAGGACGAUAAAGAUUCAUAUCGUGCGGUCGAAGCUUUCGACGGCAGAGAUCCGCGACCCCAAUUUGGCUCAGCAGAACCCCAAUGGAUCCAAUACCGGUGGUCUCUUCAAUGUUGCUCUAGAGGCGCUACAAGAAUAUGGCGGGCCAUUUGGGGAUAGCUCGCAGCCUGUACAGGCAGCUGUGAUAUUUAUGGAUACCCAUUGGGAUCCGCAAGCAAAGCUUAUCACAGCCCAUGCUGCCUUGGGUGGUGGUGCUGGGCAUAUCAGACUAGCGAUAUUCGGUUCUCAUGGUCUAUACUCGUGGCCGCCUUCUUUGGAGCUCGUUCCUUAUUAUAUGUCGGAUCCAACUCCGUCUUCAAUAAUGGAGGUUGCCAAUGAUUGUAACGAAUGUGGUACACACUGGGAGUGUCUCACUGUGACUUUGGGGGCGUUCAUGCAUGAAAUUGGGCAUCUUCUCGGAUGUCCUCAUCAGGAACAUGGUGUUAUGUUGCGUGACUACGUGACUUUGAACCGGUCCUUUAUGACCAUGGAGGGCUAUUCUAGCAGAACCAACUCUUGCGGGGCACCUGCACCUAUUCGUCCAGCAGAAGAAUGUACUUGGCAUAGACUUGAUCUGCUACGUUUCCUAUAUCACCCAUCAUUUGCGAACCCCACCAAUUAUUCCGAUCCGUCAUUCAAGGGCGUAGGGGUCUUGAGCAACUUUCCCUUUCCGAGACCUACUCUAUAUCCCUGUGGUAAUAGACAAGCUGUUGUUAGCGCACAGGGUGGGAUCUACUGUAUUGAGUUAAUCAGUGGAGAUCUGGCCCGUGCGCAUAUCGAAUACCUACCUCUUUCUUUAGGCGGUCAGGGACCUCAGACUGACGUCCUAUUGUCACUGGAUGAUUUGAGAGCUCGGAUCCCGCAGCAACAUUUGGUGGAUUGCAAGGGUAUCUUCAAAGUUGCGGUGCAUGCUGUAAACUCUGAGUCCGCUGAGUUUGACGAUUUUCCUUCGAAGAUUUAUGCUCAGGAGAUAUCUAUGGCUCCAUACGGCUAUCCAGCCUUAGUUACUGGAAUCAAAGGAACCAUGCUUGGAAAUCCUGAAGGAGGAGGGGACGCUGGGAUCAUUUCCAUAUUUCCUAGAGAAGUGGAGGCAGUAAGGGUGUAUCAUGGCUACGCAUUGGAUGGUAUCAGAUUCUAUUUCCGUAGUCCACAGCAGAUAAAUGAUGAUGCUGCGGGAUCCCAUGAUUAUUUUAGGAAACUGAAGAAUUCAUUGAAAGGGCCAUCUAGAAAUCGAUCUGCAAGUGCCUUAUUUGGGCGAGAGACCAAUAACUAUAGUGAUUUCGUUUUGUCUCCGGACGAAUCUUUGCUCGGGUUUAACGUGAGAAGCGGCUGUUGGAUCGAUGCUGUUCAGAUAAUAACAAGCCAAGGCAGAACAAGUCCAUUGUUCGGUAAUACCAGCGGUGGGGGGCUUGGUACACUUGUGCCUCCGACAGGAUAUGAAGUCCUCGCCCUACACGGAAGAGUAGGUCAGUGGGUUGACGCAAUGGGUAUAAUAUAUGGAAAUGGAGGCUAG